UCUAGUGGGAGGAGCCCGCCGCACCAUGGCUGCUACCAGCAACCAAAAUUUAUUCGGAAGGAACCUAUCUUGGGUUUUGUAUACACGAUUUAAUAUGGAUUUCAAAUCGUACUGGACGUUUGUGUUCAUUAUCGUUGCUUUAAGCCAAUCAUUUGCCAACGACGACGAUCAUCAUGAAAUGGAAGAGUUCCUGAAGAGGGAAUAUUCGCUAUCGAAGCCUUAUCAAGGUGUUGGCUCCUCAGGCUCCUCCCACUGGGAGUUGAUGGGUGAUUCCAUGGUAACCACAGAGCAGGUGCGCCUCACCUCAGACAUGCAAAGCAGACAGGGGGCAGUGUGGAGCCGAAUCCCAUGCCAUCUGAAAGACUGGGAAAUGCAGGUGCAUUUUAAAAUCCAUGGCCAAGGCAAGAAGAACCUGAAUGGAGAUGGAAUGGCUAUUUGGUACACCAAAGAACGGAUGCAGAAAGGUCCUGUCUUUGGAAAUAAAGAUAACUUCACUGGCCUGGGUGUGUUUGUGGAUACUUAUCCAAACGAAGAGAAGCAGCUGGAGGCACAGAAGAAGAGAUACAGUCCUCGCACACAGAGGAUCUUUCCCUUCGUGCUGGCCAUGGUCGGGAAUGGCAGUGUGGGCUACGACCAUGAGAGGGACGGUCGGCCCACUGAGCUGGGGGGCUGCAACGCCAUGGUGCGGAACCUCAAACAUGACACCUUCCUUUUCAUCCGCUACAUCCGCCGCAGACUCACGGUCAUGAUAGACAUCGAUGGGCAGCAUGAGUGGAGGGACUGCCUGGACGUCCCGGGGGUCAAACUUCCUAAAGGCUACUACUUCGGAGCCUCAUCUAUCACCGGAGACCUCUCAGACAAUCACGACGUGUUGUCACUGAAACUCUACCAACUGACGGUGUUGCGGAGUAAAAAGGAGGAGGAGGAAGAGGCGGAGGAGAUCACCAUACCCAGUGUGGACAACCUGGAGCAGAUCCUGAGGGGGGAGAUGGAGGAAGGGAUGAGCGGGGUGGCCAUCUUCUUCACGGUGCUGUUCUGUAUGCUGGGCUUCUUCAUGCUGGUCGUGGUGGGCCUGGUGGUCUACAGCCACUGGAACGAGAACCGGCGCAAGCGCUUCUACUGAGAUGAGGGUCAGACGACAGGCGCUUCUACUGAGAGGAGGGUCAGACGACAGGCGCUUCUACUGAGAGGAGGCUCCACAUGACGACAGGCGCUUCUGUUUGCUACUGUUCACCCAAGCGAUAACCUGGACAUUGCAAACUUGAUGACACUAAGACGUUUCUUUUUUGCCCCGUUUGAAAUAUUUUAAUAUGUUUGCUAUCCCAAGGAAACACUCUGGUUGACAGAUGAGAUGAAACGGUUGUAGCACAACGUUCAACGUUAGUUACAUAAUUGUGUAAGAGGCCUGAAUACCCUCUGUUGUUUCAUGUAUGCACCAUUUAGGCCUUACAAUUUCUAAUACUGGCCAUACAAUUUAUAGAAUAUUUAUUUAUGCAAGUUUAUAAGAACCAGUAUUUAUUUCCAUAUGUGAACAGCUGUUUUGUUUUUAUUUCACUGAUAUUUGUUUGAGCAAAUGCAUAGAGAGAGGAAUAAUGGAACAAGGGAGUAUUGAGUUCAAAAUUCUUGAACAUAUGUACUUGGAGAUGUUUCAUGUAUUGAGUAUGAUCAGUGGUCGUCUUGUUGCAGAGCACAUGGAAACGGAAUUGUGUUUUAUGUUAAGUUGCUGGAGUUUUUAUUUUAUUCAUUGUGUUAUUUAUUUAUUCAACCACAAGUGAUCACAAGCACUGAAGGAAAAUUUCAAAUGACCAGAACCACUAUAACUUCUGAUGAGCCCCCAAGCCCUGAGAGGUAACUUGUUCAUUUUGAGGAUGUCUUAAGAUUUGGUUAUUGGUCUGGUUCGGACUGAAGCCCAAUGCAGGGUAGCGUCCUUAUCUUGUUGACACAUUCACUACCCAAACGAACUUCAUGACAAUUACUUUAUUACACAGUUUAGUAUUUUCUUUAUUUUUCACAUGCAUCUUAUCUACUGUGGUUGAGUACACUGGAUUCUGUCUUCGAUGCAUUAUGUGAUUCAAUGGAUUCCAGGUUAUUUAUGCUAUUAUGCAAUAAAUACAGAAAGGCUUGGGUUCAUGGAAUUUAAUAUUUUGCGAAUGGACUUGUCAAAACUAGGCGUGAGCUGUCAGUCAAAGGUUUGGGCUGAACAACGGGCAGCCAAUUGUUGACCCAAUAUAACGGUCCACAACACAGUGUUCUACGAGUGGUUCCCCCAGUUAUGUUUGGUUUCCUCUCGUGCGAGAAGAGUGUUGCUCUGAGUUUGUGGUUUUCUUGCAGACAAUUCUUCCAUCCUGAAGCUGUGUUUCGUCUGUUGCCUUUUCUCUUUUCGUUCUUUUAUUCUGAAUCAUUGGAAUGGAAUCCGUUUGCCUUGGGUGUCUUUUAUUUUUUCAGUUUAACACAACUAUGUUGUUCUAUAACAUUGCCGGUUAAUUUCCAUGUGUGAUGGAAAUGUUCAAAAUCCAAUCCAUUCCAGAACAACAAUACAGUGAAUCCAUGGUCAUUUAAAUCCUUGGUGUCAGCUAAAGGGUAAAGGUUUAGAGAACACUUUGUGUACAGGAAAUACUCCAUCUCCGGUAGUCGCUUUUUAGGGAAGGCCAAUGCUACCUUUCACUCAAAUGAAUACAGAAGAAAAAACCACCCUUGGGGCCCUUGGCCCCUAAAUCCAUAUCAUUCCUCAUUAAUACAGGGUUAGGGUUACUUAAAUAACCUUAACCCUAACCCUCUCAUAUUUCUACAGGGUUUAGUUGGUUAAUAAAACUAACCCUGUCUAAUUAAUAAUUUACACAGGGUUAAAGGGGGUUGAUAACACUUACCCUGUCUCAGUUAUAAUUUUUGACCGGGUUAGAUAAGAUAGUCCUUUAUUAAUCCCCCUUGGGAGAAAUUCAAAGGUGGCCAGCAGUACAGUGGGAAAAGAGAAGUGCGAAAACAGUAUAUAUACAAUAGAUUGAAUAAUUUAAAAGUCAAUUCUAGUACAAAACUAUUUGAAUAAGAUAAAAUAAACAUACUAUAUACAUGUAACUGUCUGUUUGUAGGUGACCUGUGUGUUAAGUAAAUAAAUGAAUAAAUAUGAUGAAAUGUGAUGUAUAAUAUAAAUAUAAGUAUAAAUAUAAAUGUGCCAAAUGUGCAGGGUUCCUGAGGUAAUGGAAAAAAAUAUUAAAUAAAUAACAAGGUUAACAACAGUCAGUCCUGAGGUGUUGGUUUUAGUCCUUAAUCAGGUCGGGAAAAAAGAUUAAGUUGGUUAAUAACACUAACCAUUUCUAAUUAAUAAUUGACAGGGUGGUUAAUAACACUAGUCCUGUCUCAGUUAUCAUUUCUACACUGGGAAAUAUACCAUUCACAUCUAUGUCAAAUUGAAACUAUCGAAACGCUAUCGAAACCUAAUAAUCUGUAAAAUAAUAAUUUGUUAAAAUCUCACUCUGAUGACCAAAUGAUACACACUUGUAUCAUAUGAAUACACUUUCAGAUCAAUAGCAACGGACUAGUCUACUUUAUAUAAAACACUGCAGUCUUUCAUAUUCACUGUUUUGUUUUCACAACAACCAAAAAGUCAAAUACUCAAUGCUGUACAUUGCGGUAUGGUAGCCUACUUUACAGUUCAGCAAAUUCAGUUUAAGCAAAAAGAAAACAAAAAUACACCACUGUACUGUAAACACAGGAGAACAAGGCAAUUGUGCAUGGGUGGGCUUAGGGAUCCUCAAAUUGUGUGCCGAAUCCAUCCAUGGAUUGACCCUACCUCAAUGU